AUGAAUAAACUAGUGUUGGAUGUGCAAGGAUUUACAAUAGAAAAUAACAAAUUUAUACCCAAGGAACUAGCUGCCUAUGAUGGUACCAAAAUAUGCCACUAUAUUUUUAGACCACCAUUUGAUAUUCAACAUUUACCACCUGAUUUAUGUAAACAAGCAAAUUGGUUAAUUCAUAAUCAUCAUUGUAUUUGUUGGAACGAGGGAUACACUCCAAUUUAUAAGUUUGCAGACAUUGUCAAAAAUCUAACAGGAAAAGUAGACAAUGUUUACGUAAAAGGGAAAGAGAAGUCCGAAUACAUUAGAAAAUACUCAUUGAAGCCUGUUCUGGAAUUUGAAGAUAAGCCGGCUCUUCAAAAAGGACAACCUGAAUGUUUUUACCAUCUGAAAUCACAAUGUAUAUGUGCACUUAGUAAUGUAUUCUAUUUAUAUAAUAAUUUUAUAAUGAUUGAAUAA